ACUUUUGAUUAUUUAAUGUUUGUACAAGAAAGUUAAAAAUGUUUAUUCUUGUUCUUUUGCAUAUUUUACAAUUUGUUAUUCAUAUAUUAGAUCCAUGAUACAUACAGCAUUCUGGUCAUGUGAAGCGACCCGGUAUGAGAAUUCACAUCAAAUAAAUUCACCGUUUUCUAGGAUUGUAUCAAUGAAUGCCAGUAGAAUGUGUGGAGCGCAAAGACGCAACGUAAGUCGGCUUUGCGUCGAUAUAACCAGUGUUGUUCUAUAACGCAACGUAGUCCGAGUUAGAACGUCGGGACAGAUUUUUGCCGCAGUUAACUGCUCGUGCUCUGUGAAAGAAUGUGCCACUGCGAUGCCGUUGCUGCUUGUCGUCGCCGUCACAUUCCUUUCUCGAGGUUGCGGCAACUCGAUUGGUUAUCGUACGUGACGUCAUCGGUGGGUCGUUCGAGAUGACAAUGUGGUAUGCAACAUGGCCGUGUAGAUCGUGGUGUUUGAGUGCGCGACGACAGUUGCUUAUAUUUUGCAUGGAUUAAGUGAUUGAUUAUGCCAAAACGACGAAAUGGUGAGAUACCCCUGCCCGAAGGCUGGGAUUUUGCAAGGGAUUACGACGGCAAAGUGUAUUUUAUAGAUCAUAAUACGAAAAAAACUACUUGGAUUGACCCUAGAGACAGGUUUACAAAACCACAGACGUUCGCUGAUUGCAUAGGUAAUGAGCUACCUUUGGGAUGGGAAGAGGCAUACGACAGUCACGUUGGACCUUAUUAUAUAAAUCAUAUUAAUCAGUCCACACAAUUAGAGGAUCCGCGACAGGAAUGGCGGGCAGUGCAAGAAGCAAUGUUGAGGGAAUACCUUCAAACUGCACAAGACGUAUUAGAGGCAAAAAAAGACAUCUACAACAUAAAAUCGCAACGGCUUGUUUUGGCUCAGGACGAAUACGAACAUUUGAACAACGCCCUCGCCACAUUAAAUGCAUCUAGAACAAGUCUUUGCUCCUCUUCGAGUAACGUUAGUACAAAGUAUGAUCCUGAUCUUCUUAAAUCCGAAGUUGCUGGGGCUAAAAGCAGAGUAUCUAGAAUUAAAAUAGAAUUGGAACAAAUUCAAAAUGAAAUGAAAUGCACGCAAAAAGGAGUAGAAGCUUUAACAAUGGUCGAACAAAAAAUUACUUCUCAUAGUGGAGGCGGUUAUAACAUUGGGGAAGCCCAAGCAAUUAUACAGGAACUUCGAAACAUUCAAGUUUCUCUCCAGUCGGGUGAAAAAGAAAAGGUGGAAUUGAUGCAGUCUCUUGCAAAGCUUAAGGACGACUUAACACGUUUACAAUUACGUGAAAAUGAUUCUUCAGCGGACGCUUCAUCUCUUGAUAUUUUUCAAUAUAAAUUGAGUACUGCAUCUCAAACAGAUUUAUCUUGUGGCGAUGGAACAGUCCCUGUUGGUACAAAACUUGCUGAAAUGGCUAAGAUUAGAUUAAAAUACGACGAGUCGCGUAAAAAAGUACAAAAUAUACAAAAAAAAUUAGCCGAUUUAGAAGAAAAAAUACAACCUGGAGAGUUAGAAUCAGAUAAAGACAGAUUACUUCUUUUCCAAGAAAAGGAACAGCUUUUAAGAGAAUUAAGGAGUAUAACACCCAGAAUGAGGUCAAGGAAAGAAAUGUGUGAUAUACAGGCAGAAUGUCAAAAAUUAGAACAGGACCUUCAUAAUGCUCUCGAAGUAUCAAAUAGGACUAUUUCUGAUAGGCUACGGCUUCAUGAAGAGAAACAAUUUCUUCUCCAACAGCUCAGAGAUGCCCUUAAACAGAUGACUCAGUUGGAAUCACAAUUAAAAACUCUUUCAGCAAGUACACUUUCAGUAAGUAGUAGCUCCAGUUUAGGUUCUCUUUCAACAACCAGCAGCAAAGGAUCUCUUAGUUCUGGAUUAAGUUUCACUGAUAUCUACGGAGGUCCAAAGACGUCAGUAGCAUCUGAGAAAGCUAUUGAUAUGGUUGAUCUACAAAAAAGAGUGGCGAGAUUAUUAAAAAUCAAUAACGACCCGGUAUCUAUUUGUACUCCAUCACCAAGUCGGUCGCAACCGUCUCUAUCUCCAAGAAGUUCAUUAUCGUCUGUGUCUCCUCCCAUGUCUCCAAUGUAUGAAAACAUACAUUGUCUGUUACCGCCACCAUCUUAUGAGCAAACCGAGAAGGAACGUAAACAGAAGCAUCAAAAUGAUGAAGAAGAAUCCAUUAUUAAUCGGUCCGACAGUUAUGUAAAUAUUGACGGGAGCGAAUCGAGAGAUUCCUCUCAGAGGUUGCCUGUAUAUACAGAUCUAUUUGACACAAACAACGUUUUAAAUCAGGAAUUUGAUUUUAAUCGAAUUUGCCGUUAUUCGUCAUACAAUGACAACAAUACAACUGAUAUUUUGUCUCCAAUAUCGGAAACACCUCCGCCACCACAGAUUUUCAAUGAGGAGGAGGUUCUACUGCAUGUGUCAGAAUUAUCAAGAACGUCAUCCUCGUGCACGAAUACCACACGAUCGGUUUCAGCUGCAGUUAGUGACGAAUCUGUUGCAGGGGACUCAGGCGUUUUUGAAGCGUCAAACAGAAAAAAGUCGUUGGGAACAUCAAACACUGGAUUGUCCGAUCGUCGUCAAUCAAACACUACGGUGGAUGAUGUACAGGAAACUACUCAAGUUCUUGUCAAACUUGUAUAUGUAUUCUCAAAAAAUGUCUUAAAUAUUUGCUUAGGCAAAGCAAAAUAUUUAAAUGUUCUUGGAGUACCAGAUGAAGGACAAAUAUACAUGAAAAUAGCACUUUUACCUCCUGCACCGGAAAAUACACAAAUUCGUGUCACAAAAAUUGUCAAAUGCUCUUCUGCUGCUGCAAUAUUUGAUGAUUGUUUCGAUUUUGACAUUGCUCUUAGUAAGUUGUACGCUAAAACUUUGCAAAUCAGCAUUUGGUGCAAAAAUGAAACAUCUCCAGAUUUGUGUUAUGGUUACACACAAAUAAGUUUAGCUGACUUUAAUCCACAAUACUUAUCGCAACGAUGGUAUAACAUCCUCAGUUUAACAUGUCUAAUGAUGGAAUCGAAACUACUAACAAAGCAACACAAUGGUACAGAAAAUUCAUAUGUAAAUAUUUCCCGCCUUUGUGCAACUAAAGAGGAAAGUUCAGACGAUUCUACCGUUAUUUCAUCUCAAACGUCAACUUUGACCCGGAAUCAGGAAUUAAAACAUAUUAAUGUAACCCCUAAGUUAGAUUUCCAAGAGUUGGUUAACUGUCUUGAAAAUACCCCUGGUUAUACUAGUGAAGAUUCUGAUAGUGAUAAAAACGACGACAUAGAAGAGGAAGAGGACAUAGAAGAUAUAUGUUUAAAUGACAAGUUGGAUAUAGUCAUUGAAGAUUUAGUUGCUGAGUGCCAAAUGGAAGAUAAGCAAACAAAUACCGAAUGUACAUUUUACCCCGAACAUUUAAAACAAAUUAAGCUAAUGAAUCAAAGUUCUAAUUUUAAUGACGAACAAUUGGGUGCCAUUCGAAGAUCGCAAACAUUUUCACCAAGUGUAGCUGUUUCAAAAAGACACUAUAGUUGCAAAUUAAAUCGAAGUGACAGUGAUAGUGCGAUGCCAUUAUAUCGGAAAGGAUCAAAUCCCUUCCAGCGAAAUUCCGUUGAAAGACGUUCGUUGCGUUUCAGAAAACAGUCAGGUUCAUUGUUAGCUUUAUCCAAAAGUAAAUCAAACAACCAUGUACCUCCUCCUGUUCGGACAUCUCUUGAUUUGGAACUUGAUCUUCAAGCACAGCAUACUAAAUUAGACAAUCUUAAUAGUGAAUUACAAGUGUUAAGGGACUUGCGGGAUAGAUUAGAAGUAGCGAAGGAAAAUGGCGAUGCGAACACAGUCACUAGGCUUAUGGAAGAUACAGGGUUUCAGAAUUUGAUGGCUCAGGCUGAAGACUAUCGAAAGGGUAAAACGCCAGAAGAAAAAAGGAUUGAGAAAAUGUUAAGAAAAAUAUCCAGAGAAAUUUACAGACUGAGGAAAAGUAAAGCUGGGAAUGGAAAACCGGAUAUGAUAUCAUUCAAAGAAAAAAUGGCGUUUUUCACUAAAACGAAUCCUGAUGUACUUGUAUUAUCUACAGAAGAACCUCCGAUUUUGCCUAAAGAGAAUAAUGAUUCUAACGCAGAGAAUUUUUCUGUGAGGAUAGGUAAUGAUACAGAAACCGGAAAUUCAAAAGAUAAUAUUGAAGAAGAGGAGCAGCGAUAUAGUUAUGUAGUAGAUCGAAUAUUGGGAGUGGAAGUGUAACUAAUCAACUGUUCUCGUUCCAUUGUCAUUAACUGUUUCGUUACUACUACUACUACUGCUGCUGUGCUGUGUUGCAGCGUGACGUAAUAUAAACAUUAGAGAGUUCUCAGUUAAUACAAAACAAGCCGAUUAUUCUAUUUGUCGGAAGUUUUAAACAAAUGUCCUGCAUGACCAGGCAGAGAAAAAA